AUGAUAAUUCAAAAAGAUGAAGAUAUGGAGUACAAAGUGCAACAAAUCAUUGCGGUCAUUGGAAGUGGCAAUUGGGGUGCUGCAAUCACAACAAUUAUUGGAAAAAACGCAGGAAGAACUAUUUUGUUCAAACCAGAAGUGAGCGACUCAUUCUGCGUGAGUCUAGAUGGAACAGCAAUACAGAAUGUUGUCAGUUUGCAAGCCAAAGUUGAAAAUGAAGUGGGGUCUUCAGGUGUUUCCAUUCCUGUCAAUAUUAAAGCAACUCCGAAUCUCGUUGAAUGCGUUACCGGAGCAGACCUUCUCGUGUUUGUUUUGCCGCAUCAAUUUCUUCCUGGUGUAUUGCGUCAGAUUGAAGGGAAUGUCAAACCAGGAGCGCGUGCCAUCAGUCUCAUCAAAGGGUUUCACGUAGACCAAGGACGUCCAUCGUUGUUCACUGAAAUGAUUUCAAAAUGUCUCAAAGUUGAUUGUUCAAUUCUUAGUGGCGCGAAUGUUGCUAGCGGAGUCGCAAAGGGUGAAUUCUGUGAAACGACAAUUGGAUAUUCAGUUCUGGAAAGUGCUCGAAUUUGGCAAAUGCUGUUCGAUACUCCAGCAUUUAAAGUUGAUGUACUUCCUGAUAUAAAAGAAACUUUCUUAGAAAGCGCGGGAUUGGCAGAUACAAUCACAACUUGCUUUGGAGGGAGGAAUGUUCGCUGCGCUGGCGAGUUCGUGAAACGUCGCGGUCCAGUUUCAAUUAGCGAUCCUGAACGCGAUGAGGAAUUAUGGAGUGCGAUUGAAUUGGAACUACUGAAUGGACAAAAGCUGCAGGGAACGUUGACCACCAAAGAUGUUUAUUCAGUUAUUGAGUAUCAUCAAUUGCAUGACGCAUUUCCUCUCUUUACAACGACCCAUCACAUUGCAUUCCGAGGAUUGCCGUCUGAUCGAAUCGUUGGAGUCUUUAUGUUGAUUCCACCUUCAGCGCAUCUGAAGUCAUUGGAAAGCUCCCGUCUCUAA